CCCCACAUGCUGCUAUCACCGGCUUGUUAUGGUCGCUUCUUCCGGUUAAGGAGUAUUACCGGUGCCCUGCGUCACUCAGCGAGUCCACGCCGCCGCUUCACACCGACACUGAACACCCGCCGUCCUCUGCUCCUCGCCCGGACACUCUCGAUGCACUCCGGUGGAAAAGCAGCAACCAGCCGCGGAGGUCGCGAUGAGCCGGGCCCUGGAGGAGCUGGAGGCCCGGAGCUCUGCGGCAACAUCCCCUCCAUCAUCACGGAAGACACGGGUCCCCCGCUGGCGAGGAGACGCCAAGAAGUCGUGGUGGACGAGAAAAACUUAAGGACCCCGAGUCCUCUGUUCGACGCCAGCGGGGACGACGACUCCGAGGCCGAGUCGUUCCGGGGCGGGAGGUCUGAAGACGUGGACCGGGACACCCGGAGCAGGGCGUUCGCCUGGUGCCGGGACUUUCUGUCCGGGUCGUGGAAGACGAUCCCAGAGGAGGAUUUUGAGAUCAGCAUCGUCAGUGGUGGACUGAGUAAUCUGCUGUAUCUGUGUACAUUGCCUGAGCAUGUGAACUCGGUGGGAGAGGAACCUCGCCAGGUGCUCCUCAGGAUCUACGGUGCCAUCCUACAGGGGGUGGACUCUCUGGUGUUGGAGAGUGUGAUGUUUGCCAUCCUGGCAGAACGAACGCUGGGGCCAAAACUUUAUGGCAUCUUUCCUGAGGGACGCUUGGAACAAUACCUUCCAAAUACCCGCAUGAACACAGAACAACUUUCAGAUCCUGUCGUCUCAGCUGAGCUCGCAACCAAGGUGGCACGUUUCCAUGAGAUGGUUAUGCCCUUUAACAAAGAGCCUAAGUGGCUGUUUGGGACCAUUGACAAAUACAUGGAUCAAGUGGUGAAGCUUAAGUUUGUCCGGGAAGCACAUGUGAAGAAAUUCAAGAGGCUGAUGAAGUUAGACCUGCCUGCUGAGCUGCAGAGCCUCCGUGCGCUGCUGGCAGAGACACCAUCACCGGUGGUUUUUUGCCAUAAUGACGUCCAGGAAGGAAACAUUCUGAUACUGGACGGCAGCGGCCAGUCGUCAACAGACAGACUCAUGCUGAUAGACUUUGAAUACAGCAGCUACAAUUACAGGGGGUUUGACUUUGGGAACCAUUUCUGUGAGUGGAUGUACGACUACACCUACAACCAGUGGCCUUUCUACAAAGCCUCACCAGAGAACUACCCCACCAGAGAGCAGCAGCUUCAUUUCUUCAGAAGUUAUUUGUCAGAACGGAGAAAAUAUGCAGACAUUCCUGAGGACCAGACGACGAUCGAAGAGGACAUGAUUAUUGAAGCCAACAGGUAUGCAUUAGCUUCGCACUUCCUCUGGGCCCUGUGGUCCAUCAUUCAAGCCAAGAUAUCCAAGAUCGAGUUUGGAUACAUGGACUAUGCCCAGGUUCGAUUAGAUGCCUACUUCAAGCAAAAAAAGCUCUUCUCCUGAAUUCCACCCUGUUGGGGUAUUUAUUUUCAGCAAUGUGUUAUUGAAACACCAGCUCUAUGCACGUCAGCUCAUGACCAGUGUGAAUUUGCAAUUUAAGACGUGUGCAUAAGCACAAUUAAAGCUUUCAGGCAAUCCAAUUUCUCAAAGUACGUGCCUCUCCAAAGAGUGGAAUGUUGUUGGAGCAGAUUAACUCCGUAGCUCUGAAUGUUGUUGUGAAUCAUGUAAUGUUCAGUGAUGUUGUUUUAUCAUUUUUAAAUGCACUUAACAUUUGUGGACCAUUUUUUGUGACAUCAAUAAUUGUUUAGCUGCACUGUCUUUGCAUGUCUGUGAUGGACAAUCCUCGUGGCCAGAGUUUAUGUAUUUUCAUUUCAGACUCUGAAUCUUACUGUAGCAAUCAUGUUGUAUUAUUUCACUUGUAGAAAUGAGUUCAUUAUGGAAUGCUUUUGUAUAACUCGUUGGUUCAGUGUUUUCAUUCCACCUUACCUCUUUCUUCUGAUGUUCAUUAUGUAUUUAGUCGAAUAGGAAGAUUCAAUGAUUGCAGAUUGUGAGCGAAAAAGGAAAGUAAAUAUUCUCACCUGCCGCUCCAAACUAUAUCAUGUGUCAGUUAGUUUUACUGCAGAGCAGAAUAAGUGAAAAUGUGACCAUCCAAUUUUUGCAGUUAUUUUAAAAGUUUACCUAUAUUGUUAACUUUUCAAGGGGCCUAUUCUAUACAUUGUCAUUGUAGCAAACAAUACUUCCAGUUAGAUAAACCAUCAGAACAGUUAUAAGAUGUGAGGCAUUUAAUAUUGGAUCUUGUCACUACUCUGGGUGCAAGGUAAUGAGUGUACAUUACUGCUGCUCCUUUAUUUGUCUGCCCAUGUUCGAUUCAGGUUAUAUUAACUCUUGUCAUAUAUGCGUCACUCUAUGCUAAUAUCAAUGAUUCAAAUGUUUUCUAUUCAUAGAGUGUUUAUAUUUGACAAGAAUAACUUCUGUUAUAAUUUCUAUAUGGCACAUAAGUGUAGCCACAUUAAAUUGGAUGGAUUCAAUAAAAUUCAACAGUGAUUGAAAACAGUUUUGGAAUAAAUUCUUGACUUAAUAAUAUAAAAGCAUGUAUUUUUUAUUACUUUCCUUUCAACUCAAUUGAAUGUGAAGUGGGGUUUUGACAUUUUUUUGAUUUUGUAUUCGUUUGUACUGUCUCCUGGAUUUUACUGAAUGCACUGCCAUCAACUUUAAUGUCCAUAUCUGUGUUUCACACAUCAUCAGUUACUCUUGAUGCGAAACUAGUGAAAAAGAAUCUGUGCCUCAUUUACUGUAGCUGUUUUUACAGCAGAGUUUGUCCCUGUGCAGUUUCAUUCUGUUAAACUUUCUCUUCAUUGUUUCGGUCCUAUUUGCACUACUAAAAUACAUUUAAAAAAUAAACGUGCUUGGAAAAUA